UGUAGAAGCUUCUGUUUAUUGGUUACUAGAUCACAAGCCCGACCCGUUUUUCUGCUUUUGGCACUCAGUCAAGUCCACACAUUAGAUCCUCCCCCAGCUCCGCAGCCCAGAUUCCCGUCCCCAACGCGCCUCCUUUCCAGCUUCAUCCGAAUCCAUCCAGGCGCAGCCCUGCCUCAGACGCACAGCCCUGCGGGACCCGCAAGCGCUCUAGCAGCUCUGCCCACGAGUCCUGGAGCUCCCGGGACUUGAGCUCAGGACCCGCUCCAGUGCCGUGGGCCGGGCGGGCGUGCGGAAGCCGGAUCCAGCUUUCCCCUCAAUUCACCCUGGGUGGAUCCGGUCUGCACACUCUGGACUUCAGCAGACUCUGGACUGCGGGUUGUGGGGUCGGGUGGCCAGGGACGCCGGGGCUGGAGCCCUGGGUCCUUCUGGCCUCGGCACAAACCGCCUUGGAACGCAGACUCCAGGACGCCAUGGGCUGAACCUGCUGGGUGGUCCUGCCUGGAUCCCGCCUCACCAUGGGACUGUGCGGGCGGUCAGAGCUGGGCUGGAGAAGCUCGGGUGGACGCUGUGACACUUAGGGCACAGCCAGGAGGCUGCGAGGAGCCAGGCCGGUGUUGGAAGAGACCAGGUGAGAUUUCAUUCUGCAAACCACUGUGUUACUUCUGUUGGUACACGCUGUGAAGAUAUUUUGUUAGAGACAGAGUUCAGUCCGAAACAAACAAGUGUACCUUUUCUGGAGCCGGCCAUGUGCCAGCGUUCCUGGCGGCGUACCGAGGGCAGGGCCCGCAUUCUCAGCUGGAGAUGCUCCCGGGGUGGAGACUGUGCUCCCGGGUGGAGACAGUAUCCGGGCACUGGACCUGUGGUGAUGCUGAGGGCAGCGGGCGUCCGUCCAGUGGUCACAGGGCCCCGGGCUGGAAGCGCGGGCGCUUCUCGCCUGAGCUCAGAAGUUGUGGGACUUGCCCUCCUAGGGCUCCGUGGGCAUCCCGCAGCGCCCGGAACCUGCGCCGACAGCCUCCACAGAACCUGGGGUCCCAGCUGGAGCCAGCGUGGAGGGCGGGCGGAUUUGCCACCGGAGUCGGAGCUGGGUCUGAGAAGAGUGGGAGGCCGCCGCGUGAUGCUGGAGGCCAUAGGCACAGCCUGAGGGGGCCAGACGAUGGGAGGAGGAAGUGGGUCUUCACACAACUCUAUGACAAAGGCCUUGUGUAUAGGGGCGUGAAAGUCAUGCCCUUCUCCACUGCAUGCAGCACUCCACUCUCCAACUUUGAGUCACACAAGAAUUACAAGGAUGUUCAGCAUCCUUCAGUAUUUGUAACUUUCCUUUUGGAGGAAGAUGAAAAUACAUCAUUAGUUGCAUGGACAACCACUCCUUGGACUCUACCUAGCAACCUUGCCCUAUGUGUUAAUCCAGAAACACAGUAUGUGAAGAUUAAAGAUGUUGCUAGAGGAAAACUGUUCAUUUUAAUGGAAGCCAGAUUAUCGGCCUUCUAUAAGAGAGUGACUAUGAAAUCCUUGAAAGGUUUCCUGGUGCCUCUCUCAAAAGCAAGAAAUACAAGCUUUUAUUCAACUACUUCAUUAAGCAUGAGAACUGAAGAACCUCUUCAUAGUGGCUUUGUGUCCAUCAGGAGCUAUCAUACCAAUUGUUUUUCACCUCCUGCAGAAGAAAAUGAGUUCAAGUGCAUCUCUAGUGAUUUGGUGACAGAAAAAAAAUGGUACUGCAGAUCAGUGCUACAAACUGUGGAUAAAUAUGACGUGAAGAACAAGGCAGAGACAAGCUCUGUUGGGGAUGAGUAA